AGACACGAAUCAGCUCAGUCGAUGACAGUCGGCCAAGCACGCCAGUCGCUUCAGCCAGCCAACCAAAAAGCAAGCCAAACGCUUCAGCUUCACAUAGUCGCAUCGCAGCAUCCGCAAUACAGCAAUAAUUACAGUUAUAUCGUGUCGUGUGACAAGCUUUAGCAGCAGCUUAAACGUUACUUUUGUUCGUCGCUUCAAACUGACAAUCGCAGAUUGGCAAUACAAGAUUUCUUUAAAGUCACGUGUCGCGCUUUUGCUAAAAUUUACUUGACGCGUUUUUAAUCUCGCCACUCGCGUGUUCUUCGACAAGGAUCAACGUAAAUAUAUAAAACAAAAAAUCUUAUUAACAACAACAACAGCAGCUUCACACACACUCUAGUCGUUGAUCACAGCGAGCUCAAGGAUGAGUAACAGCGCAAUGGUGGCCGUGGCCAUUUGCUGCAUCUUGGUGCUGCUGGCGGUGUUCAUUGUGAUCAUCAUAGUGGUUGGCCAGCAGUUUGAGGAGCCUAAAUGAGAUAUGCUCCAGCUGGGACCUGGCAACUUCCCAGAUGGAUAACAGAGGCCCCCCAACUGUUAGUUACGGGCAGAUCGCAUUGCCACACAAGCAAAACACACAACAACACAACAACUAAACACAUAAAAUGAAACCUUAUAAUCCACUGCAAUCCAACACGAGACGAGCGAAUGAACAAGAUCAACAGAGAGAGAGAGAGAGGAAGAGUCAGCAAUAUCAAGGAAAAGAGAGAGCAAGCAUCCCAUCGUCAGUACCCAUUGGCUGUGAUGUGAAAUUAUUAGCAUAACAAAAAUUAAUAAAAAUAUAAUGAAUAACUUAAAAUUAAAUAAAUGGAAAUUUGGAUCAUUCCUCAUAUGCCGCAAAACAUCUCAAAAAAACGUAGUAAAACCCUUUACAAAAAUAUAUGUGUGUUAAUAUUACAAGAAAAUAUAUAUAUAGAACACAGAUAAGUGUGUGUAUAUAUACUAACAUAAUAGGUACAUAUGUAUAUAUAUGUGUGUAUUCUAAUGUGUGUAACCCAACCGUCGUAACGUCGCGUUUUUAUACAAGUGUUGUUAAUACAUUUUUAUUGAUGUUUUAUUGAUGUUGCAAAGAAAAACAAAAAAUAAAAAAAAUGAACUUAUACACACACGCAGCCAUAUGCAUUAACUGUAUAACUAAGCCAAGAAAUUAAUUAACCAUAACUUUAAUGUUAAUGUUCAUGAUAAUGUUAAUGUCUUGAAUUGACAAGAAACUAAGCCAAACAGUCCAAAGGAGAAGACAGCACGCAAGAAGAAGAAGGAAUAUGGAAGGACAAUAGCAAAGAGAGCUCAACAAACAAUUUAGUUAAUGUUAUGCACUUGUUAGCUGGACAAGUCGAGGCAAUAGUUGUAGCAACAAAAAUGAUAUGCAUUUUAUAUAUCAAUAAAAACAGAAAAUAAUAACAAUUUUUUGAAUAAGUUUUAUGUGUGUGCGUGUAAACAAUUGAAAUACAUAUUAUGGUUACCUGUACGUAAUUAGUUAACUACCAAAUACCAACUACUAUUCAAUGUAUACCAACAAAAAUGACAGUUCUCUUCUUAGUCCACAAAUUAAAUGUCUAUAAUCGAAUUAUGCAAAACGUGGCGCGGCGCUAUAAACUAACAAUAUAAUUAUGCAUUAUUGAAACUAAUAAACGCAUUAAUUAUUCAAUCGAA